AAGGUUCUAUUGUAAUAAGUGUAUCUAAAAAUUAUCUUGCUGAGUUUUCGGAAGUAGAAAAGAAUGCAGAAAUGUGACGAGUAAUCACACAUACACAAAGUGCCAAUAUCCUCCGUAUCAUGGGACAAAAAGAUAAUUCAGUGGCACAUCCAGAGACUAGCAAAUACUAGAAUCCCAUCCCCACCACCAAAGCGGAGAUAGACAUCAUCAUCUUCCCACAUCAACUCCGGUCACAGAUGGCUACGUCAAUCACACCUCCACAAGGGAAAAACAAAACAAGGGGCUAUACCCACUCUUAAACUAAGCAUCGAAACCGUAGAAGGCAGAAUCUCUUCUUCUCGGAGCUCCUCCAAGCUUUGCCGUCCAUCUUCCUUCCCCACGACAAGAACUUCCUUCCUUGCAGCCUUUCCCAUUCCAAUCAGAUCAUAGGAAGGAAGAAAGCCACCCGCCUCUUCCGCUCUUCGUUUCAUGCUCCGGCCAUGGUUCAGAGAAAGAUCGGGCACCUUUCCUCCCUUGAGCAACGAGGAUCGAGUGCCAAGGAAGGAGGAGAGACCAAGAUGAGGAUGAACAAGGAGACACCGCGGGUCAUGCCGAAUUAUAUGAAGCCCACAACCAGUUCGGACGCCAGGAAGGAGCAGCGGCAGGUGACUCGUGAUCCCACCGCCGCUACUGAUAGGAAAAGAAGCAAGAAGAGUUCGAAUCGGUUGAGCCAGGCAAGUGUUUGUCCGUCUUCUCAAGCCGGGCCGAAACCUGCAAGAGCCUUGAGAAGGAAGCUUAGUUCGAAGCUACUGAGGCUUUCGUCGAAGAGGAACUUCGCAGUUCAUCCGUGUCCCCGGCCGAAGGUGAACAGGGCGACCUGCUCGUCGACUCUCAAGGAUUUGAAGUUUCCGAAGGCUUUGGAGCUUCGCCCUGGAGGCACCGAAGCCGAGGGCACCUCUGUCGCGAAGGUCUGCCCUUACAAGUACUGCUCUCUGAAUGGCCACUGGCAUGCCGAUCUGCCUCCUCUCAAGUGCUUCUUGGCGUCGCGGCGGAAGAUGCUCAAAGCCCAAAAGUGCAUGAAGCAGAAAGGGGUUUCUCCGUUCAGAAGACAGGGCUCGAGGAAGGACUCGAAGCAGAUGGAUACAGGGCAAGCAGCCGUCAAGCUUUCUUCCCUGAUCGAAGAAAUAGGCAGUGAUUACUUCGUCGAGAUCUAUGUGAAGCAGGGUGACAUGGAAUGUUUCAAGCACGAGGAAGAUGGUAAGAGAAAUCUCGAGGAUGUAAUCUUGGAAGGCGAUGUCGACCAAAGCAGUGACCUUUCGGUUGAUGAUUUGGAGGUCUUGAUGAACUUUCUCGAGUAUGAGAGUUGUGAUCAGGAAGAUGGAGCUGCCAAAGAGGAAUUCCCAAGCUCGACUACAGAGGAAUGUUGGGCAAGCGCUGGAACGGGCAAAGACAGCCAGGAUCAUGCAGAGGUUUCCGAGUCCUCCGAGAUCGAAUUGGAGGAAGAUGUGGAUCCAUUUGCUGAUGACAAGAGUUCUUUCUCCGAUGAUGAACUGGGUCCGAUACUAGGAAUGCUAUUCGAGAACGAGGUUUACACUGAUCAGUCCGAGGCAGAGGCGUGCCAUGAAGAAUGCUCGAGAGCACCGGAACCUGAAUCACUGCAGGAGAAUGGCAACGGUGGAUCAGAGGACAGUGCCAUUAAUUCAGAUAAAGCAGUUUCGAUUGAUAUCAAAGAGGCCGAGACAAGUUCGCUGCUACAAGUCCAUGUUCCUUGUGCCGAUCAAGAUGAUGAUAUCGAAGAAGACCAUCAAAUCCAAUCAGAACCAGAAGAAGCUGAGAGCAAUGACCGCAGCACCGAUGACGCUGAGCUUACUCCAAUCACCAUCAGUAAUACUGAAUUCAACAGGUCUAUCGAUGAUGAUGAUGAUGGUGAUCCGAAUGCGAGAACGAAUACCACAAGGAAGAGAACAGACGAGGAGAUGGAGGAGACGAGAGGGUUCAAUCCACGGCCACCCAACUUUCUGCCGGAGGAGCCUGACCCAGAAGCAGAGAAGGUGGAUCUCCGGCACCAGAUGAUGGAUGAAAGAAAGAACUCCGAGGAGUGGAUGAUAGACUAUGCACUCCAGCAGGCAGUGACAAAGCUGGCUCCGGCAAGGCGGCAGAAAGUGGCACUGCUUGUGGAAGCUUUUGAGACAGUGAUUCCACUCUCCGUGUGUGAUAAGCCCCUCAGACAUGCCACCCAAAGCUUCUCCGGUCCAAGGACAAUGCAAGCUUGUAGCUAAUCUGCUAAGAGGUAAGAAGAAUUACUGAUACUUACUUUCUCGAUCAUGUUCAUCCCUUCUGAAACAUGGUGGUGGUCUCAAAUGUGUGCUUGGAGCUGACCUCCUGAUCUAAAUGACAAAGAAGGGUGCUUACAUAACCUUCAGCUCAGAGAGCUUCUCUAGAGCAUUAGUGUAUUCUAAGAAUAAACUGCAGCAAGUAUCUGCAGAUUAAGUAGCACUGAACUGUAGAUAAAGAGUGCCUUAACAUAGAUCACUACCAUCAUGACUGCUCUGGUUUGUUGUUCAUAGGGAAGUUGUAUUGCAUGAAGAACUACUCGUGUAGAAGAUUGAAUGCGUAAGCUACUACUCCAGCUAUUUAUGAGAGUGGUUGUGAAAGAUUUUAUUUUGUGUGCUUGAUA